UUGCAGAUCUUAAGUGGUACUAGGUCUACGCAGGGUAUCUUAUCAAGACACAUCAACCACCACUCUGCAAUACACAUACUCUGCUGCAAUUACUACAUAACUGCAUCAAGUGUCACUAUAAAUUGUCAAUAACUGUGAAUAACUGUCAAUACUGUCAAACUGUCCAUACUUUCAAUACUGUAAUCAUUGCCAGAAUAUACUAUAAUCACCUCAUACCAUGGCACGCUGGAUCCUCCUCGCCCUUGCCAGCGGCGCAUUCGCAGCCUUGAACGGCUUAUUCGCGAAGCUGACAACCGAUAAUAUAACCGCCUCAAUCGCCAACUCACUCUCCCUCCCAGAGGUGGUCGUCAGAGCGGUCUUCCUCGGCUUGAACUUCCUCUGCAACUUCAUCAUGUGGGCGCUCUUCACGCGCGCGUUGACGGCUUCCCCCUCCACCACAAAAGUGAGCAUCACCAACGCCUCGGCGAAUUUCCUCCUCACCGCUCUCUUGGGGAUGGUCGUCUUUCGUGAGAGUGUCGGCGGGCUGUGGUGGCUUGGGGCCGGGAUGAUGGGGGGGGGAUGCAUUCUUGUGGGGAUGAGAGAGGAAUAGUAUUAUCAUUAUAAUCAUAGAAGCCU